GGCAGGGCGUGGGGGUACUUGGGGGCGGUACCUCGACUUCGAGCCGGUGUCUCCAGAUUGCCUGUGUUUCUGCAGCUGUUGGCGAUCCGACGCCGGCAACCAUGGAUGCAGUCUCGAUGACCGUGCCGAACUACACGUAUGUGUUCAAGUUCGAAGAGGACUUCGCUGCGGUUGAACGACGGCAGUGGAUGGAGGACAACUGGCACAUGUCGUUUUAUUACAUAGGCAUAUACAUGGUACUGGUGUUCGGCGGACAACACUACAUGCAGUCGCGCCCCCGCUUCGAGCUGCGCAACACGCUGGCGCUGUGGAACUUCUUCCUGGCCGUAUUCAGCAUUAUCGGCACCAUGAGGACCGUGCCAGAGCUGUUAUUUGUGCUGAAGAAAUUUGGAUUUCACCACUCCUGCUGCAUUGCUGGUCACAGUUAUGUUCCCAACAACUCAGUAUCUGCCCUCUGGUGCUACCUGUUCACCAUGUCAAAGGUUCCUGAGCUGGCUGACACAGUGUUCAUUGUGCUGCGGAAACAGCCCCUGAUCUUCCUGCACUGGUACCACCAUGUCACCGUCCUCAUCUUUGCCUGGUUCAGUUUCUCGGACUUCAUCGUGACGGCCCGCUGGUUCGUCAGCAUGAACUACUUCGUCCACUCGAUGAUGUACAGCUAUUACGCCUUCAAGGCGCUCCGGUACCGCGUGCCAAGGUGGAUCUCGGUCGUCAUCACUGCCUCGCAGCUGGCGCAGAUGGUGGUCGGCUGUCUGGUCAAUCUCUGGGCCUACCACGUCAAGUCCAACGGAGGCGAGUGCGAGGUCUCGGAUCUCAACAUCAAGCUCUCGCUCAUGAUGUACUUCAGCUACUUCGUCCUCUUCGCACACUUCUUCAACAAGGCCUAUCUCAGCAAGAAGAAGCCGGGGCGAGCUGCUGCCAGCGGCACCGCCAAAAAGCUGGAGUGAUGCUGGUGACCGCUAGGCGGCGAUAGCAGCCGAGGGAUAGAUUUCAAGGUCUCCUGAUGGCCGAACCGUUUAAGUUUCCUUUUGAGUCCCGAAAAACUUCGGACGUUGUCAUGAGAAAUGCGACGUUUUGUUUGCAUAGGUAGACGUUAAUCAUGUUAUGAUACUUGCUCAAAUGAUUUUGGAUGGUUGUGUCCUGUUUUCAUGCAUGAAAUCUAGCAAGCUUGGGUUGGCGGUAUGUCUAGUUAACAUUAUUGUUAAUUCACACUUCAAGUUUUACUUUUAAAGCUGCGUUGCUUCGAAAUGUGGUAAGAUUUAAGCUUUUAUUUUGUUAGCUUUCCCAUACUCAGACAAGGCACGAGCAGCGGGACCCACACAUUCCUUUUCACAGCUUGCACUGCAUCUAUUCCUAGUGAAAUAAUUUUGUGUUAUCGACCCUGAGAGGUGAUUUUGCCCGUGUGAUUUUGCCCGAGCAGCAACGUUCCAUGCUGCCUUGUCCCAUGCGUGAUAAAAGUCUGUAAACCUCUUCCAGUUGUCAUCAACUAGCACAAUUACGGUUGUCAUCAACUAGCACAAUUACGGUUGUCAUCAACUAGCACAAUUACGGUUGUCAUCAACUAGCACAAUUACGGUUGCCAUCAACUGGCACAAUUACGGACGCGGUAGCUACCAUCGUGGACCCGUUGUCCUAGUCUAGCCGGAUCAUACCGCUCAGGUGUGACCGCCAUCCGCGGCUGGACAUCACGCGUACAUUGACCCCUCCCCUUCUCUCCCCUCCGCUCCCUCGAGGGUGGGCUGUGCGCACCCGGGUCCGCAGGUGGACUGAUGGGCCCGUCAAUGUAUGUGUGACUUGGGUGGGAGGAAAUGGGCCUCUUAUGAGCCGAACCUGGCCUCCGGUGAGCCGCACCGUGCUCCUGGUGAGGCGAACCGGGCCUCUGGUGUGCCGAACCGUGCUCCUGGUGACGCGAACCGGGCCUCUAGUGUGCCGAACCGUGCUCCUGGUGACGCGAACCGGGCCUCUAGUGUGCCGAACCGGGCCUCUGGUAAGUCGAACCGGGCCUCUGGUGUGCCGAACCGGGCCUCUGGUGAGUCGAACCGGGCCUCUGGUGAGCGUUCUGGGAAGCAUGCGGAGCUGAGGCGUCUUGGAAUGGACUCGAGGCAGGACCAAUACCGGGCCCCAGACAGGCCAAGUGUGUAGCCACUCUAUUACACACAUUGGAGUAUCUCGCGCACACAGUAUCUGCGAUUUGCGAUACGCUCUACUUGUACAUAUGUUGGUUUGCCGCGUGUGCUCUGGUUCGGCCUAGCCAGGACCGGCAUCAAGGUCUGGCGUAGUGCAGACCAUUCCUGGCCGGCCCGCGGUACCUCAAAUGGCCAUUUUGUAGCUGUUUGACAAAUGACAGCUCUCGGCUGUCAAAAUGACAGCUGAGAGCUGUCAUUUCCUGUUGUGUGUAUGCUCCCCGUCAUUUCCCUUAUAACUGCGCGAGACUUUCCAAGGCGGUCGUCCGUCGCGGAACUGGCUGGGCUGGUGUCCAUUCCAUUAAUUCCGGGUCCAUUUCACCCAUUUUAUUUCAUUCAUUCCUUCAUUUUGAAAUCUACGUGUAAGAAUGAUUCGUGUGUUUUGAAGUGGAUGGUCAUCGUCUAGCUACCCUGUCAUCCUGAUCAAAGACGCCGCAUUAGGUGCCACACGACGCCUCUGGCAUCGCGCCAAAGGCUUUCCGGUUUCGUGUGUGGUCGGGGCGAGGCCUAGCGACCGCCGGCAGCACUGACGCCGUUGGUAUCACCAACAGGUGGCAGUAGUGUCGACACGCCGCUGUUGGCCUGCGGCCCGGCGCCAUGGUGUCGUAGGUCUCGAGAGAGGAGGGGGAGGGGUGGGGUCGGCCGUGGGCUCGGACCACAGGUACGGGGACCGCGGCAGAGGUUCCGAUAGUGACGUCACUUCACUAGCGUGCUGUGAAGCUAUCCCAGAACUGCCUGGGCUUGGACUGCCAUGACAUCAAGCUGUCGCCUGUAGACGAUGCAAUA